AUGCCACAGUCGCCCGGCUCCGGCUUGGCGCCUCCGCCCGAGGGCAUCUUCAGGACAUUUGAGGACCUCCUGACCUCGGUGCAACGUGUCGCUAAGGACCAAGGCUAUGGAAUCGUCAAGCUACGAUCAAGCAACUACCGAGAGGGCAAGCCUACCCGCUUUGAUCUGGUCUGUGAUCGUGGCGGAGUCAAGUACAACAGCACGGCCAAGAAACGUAACCCAACCACGCGCAAAGUUGAUUGUCCUUGGCGCGGAAAGGCCGUAUGUGAGGUUCAGCUGGGUAUGCAGUGGCGAUUUGUCGUGCAGGAGGCCAGACACAACCACGAGCCGCGUAUCGCGAGCGCGCCAGCUGGAGCAGAGAAUGCAUCACUUGCUACGAAUAUGCGCAGUCUGAUCAACAAGGUGGAUCGCAUGAACCACGAGAUGACGCAAGGGCUUCAUGGCGUCAAUGCCCGGCUCGAUAUUAUAGAAAAGCGACUUGAUAAUAUCGAACAAAACCAAGCUCCCGCACGCGUAGCUAUGAUGGGAGGUCCCGGCGAUAUGGUUCAAGGUCGACUUAACAACAUUGAGGCCAGAAUGAAUGCCAUGGAGACUCGACAGAACGGCAUGGAGAUGCCAAUGGACGAUGUUGAAUCCAGGUUAUUGGCAUCAACCGUGAUGUAG